AUGAGCAUCUUGUGGCUAGUUGCAGCCCUUUAUACACUCACAGAGGCAGCAGCUCUAACACCUGAAACCAAGGCAGUUUGCUCGGGACUGUAUUCGAAAUUCCCAGGGCAGCUGGUUUGGGAUCCAGCCGGGCCGCAUGCUACCGACACAGUCUCCCAUGCUUCAACCUACAACGCGGCCCGAUUCGACUAUUGGAACGCUGCAAGUUCCAAGAACAGAGCUGGCUGUGCAUUUUUUCCAUCCAAUGCCGACCAAGUCUCUGUUGCAGUACAGCUCCUGAAUGCAUACCCCACGGUCCGGUUCGCGCUCAAAGGCGGCGGGCAUAACCCAAAUCUAGGCCACUCCAGCGUGGACCAAGGGGUUCUGAUUGCCUUUAGACCAAAUUCACAAUACGCCAUCCCGUCUGCAGAUGGAAAGACUGUCGAGGUUGGUGCUGGGUGCAAGUGGGAAGAAGUAUAUUCGGCUCUCGAACCACUGGGCAAAACUGCCGUGGGCGGUCGUUUGGGAGACGUUGGAGUUGCCGGCUUCUUGCUGGGUGGUGGGCUCUCUUACUUGUCUGCGCAACAUGGCUUCGCGUGCGACAAUGUCGUGAGCUUUGAGUGCGUUCUUGCAAAUGGCACCAUUGCGACUGCCAGCUCGACUUCGCACCCCGAGCUAUUCUUUGCUCUACGAGGCGGAGGCAACCAAUAUGCCGUCGUGACCAAGUUUGUAUUGAAGACAUACGACAUUGGCCAGAACGGUACCGUCUGGGGCGGCGUUCGCACAUAUACAGCAGACAAGCGGAAGGAGGUUCUGUCGGCAGUUACAAACUUCACCGCCGGCAACACUGACAACAAGGCCGCCAUUAUUCCAACGUUCAACUUCUUCUCAACGCUCGGGGCCAACGCCCCUGGGAGUCUGGUGUUCUUCUUCUACGACGGGCCAGAGCCGCGCAAUGGUGUAUUCGACGACUUUGACUCCAUCGUGAGCUUGUCCGAUAACACCAAGGCGCGAUCCUACACUGACCUAACCAAGCAAGUGUUGGCUGGUGAUAUGAAGGGCCUGCGGUUUCAGAUUAGAGAAAACACAUUCCCCAACAUGCCAGCAAGGGACAUGAACUCUUUUCUGAAUAGUCAUUUUGACCUUCUUGUCAAAAAGUCUACCGAGGCUGCGCUUGGGGAUUUGUUGGACUUUAAACUGUUCUCAUUUGCGGUCCAACCGAUGCCUCGUGGCAUUGCGCGGGCUUCUCUAGAGAAUGGGGGUCCCAACGCACUGGGGCUUGUACCAGAACAUGGGGAUCGGGUGUGGAUGGAGUAUGACAUUGCCUGGCUAAACCCGCUGUGCGACAAGAAGUGCCCCGAGUUCUUUGAGAAGUUGGUGCAGUCCCAGCAUGACCUCCACAGGGAAAAGUAUUCCGGAAUUUAUCCCACGAAUUACGAGUCUGGGGAUCUGGAGUUCCUGAGGUGA